UGUGGACAAAACAAGGAUUUUACAGGAACUGGUGUACCCUACAAACGAUUUGCUUAUCUUUAACAAUCGAUGCAUAUCUCGAUAGUGAGUUUUUAAGUAUAUGCAUAGUAAUUAGACUUCAGAACCCAGCGUUAACACACACCUGUCAGUACGCUGUAGAUCGGUAGUGCCUAGAGGCGUGCCUGCCAAGAAAUCCAGCGAUCCGCCUCUAGAGCUGCCUAGCGGGCGGGUUAUCCUCUGCCUAAACUUGACUUUCUCAUUUUCACUUCCUUCUAAUAAUUAAAGAGCCACAGCAUUUAGUACACAAUGAGUUUGUUGCAUAAACUAGCACCUUGGUCGAGAAAGGCAGUUUUAACUUUAUCGGCUCUCAGGCAAUUGUCUGCGAGUUCAUCGGUAGCCAAGGUCCGUGGUCCCCCAGCGGGCUGCAGUGCCUGUCCGACCAGACGUCGGAUUUUCCUCGGUUCCCCGGAUCCUCUUGUGGCCUGUGCUGCCAGGCAUUACUCGGAGGAUCUGCCACCACUGCAGCGAGAGGUCAGAAUAAAGAAGCUGGAAGGGGAUGAUAGCGGGAUCGCGGAAGUGCGCAUGAGCCGGCAGCGAGCACGCAACGCCCUGGGAAAGGUGUUCAUCACUCAGAUGUUUGAGGUGGUAGAUACUCUGCGUCAGGACAGCCAGGUGAGGGCGGUGGUGUUUCACAGUGAAGUCAGGGGAGUGUUCUGUGCAGGCGCUGACCUGAAGGAGCGUGCUCAGAUGAGCAACACUGAGGCAGAGCACUUCGUCCACCGGCUGCGCAGCCUCAUGAGUGAGAUCGCGGCGUUGCCAAUGCCCACCAUCGCAGCGAUAGACGGCUUUGCUCUCGGUGGGGGGCUUGAGCUGGCCCUGGCCUGUGACCUUCGCACCGCAGCUGCUUCUGCAAAGAUGGGUUUGAUUGAGACCACAAGAGGGCUCCUCCCAGGUGCAGGGGGCAGUCAGAGGCUGCCACGCACGGUGGGGAUGGGCGUCGCCAAGGAGCUGAUCUUCACAGGCAGGCAGGUGGAUGGUGAGCAGGCGCUGGCACUGGGGCUGGUGAACCGGGCAGUGCCACAGAACCAGGCAGGGGACGCCGGGUACAGAGAGGCCCUGUCGCUGGCUCGAGAGAUCAUCCCGCAGGGACCAGUGGCUGUGCGGAUGGCUAAAGAGGCCAUAAACAGAGGCGCUGAGGUGGAUGUAGCCACUGGAAUGGCCAUCGAAGGAAUGUGCUAUGCCCGGGUCAUCCCCACGCGGGACAGGCAGGAGGGCAUGGCAGCCUUCAUCCAGAAGAGGGCACCACGCUACAUUGGGGAGUAGGGACUGCUGUGCUGUGGAGAGUUGACAGGCAGAAUUGCAGCACUGGAACUUCCACUGUUACAAAGCUUUUAAACCAGUAAUUCCUAGGAAACCUACACUCUGUGCUGCUCGGUUUUCUAGGAUCAGCCUCAGAUACUACACUACUGCCGCUCUGUGUUGUUCCUUUAUUUUCUUAUGGAUUUGAUUAAGACAGUUUCUCUUUCAUGUGUGGAUUUCCCCGCCUGUAUAAAAAUAUAAAAUU